UCUUGCAGCUACCAGAGGUUUGCAAACUGCUACCGCUGCUUCUACAGACUACAGCCCGACAUGACCAGGAGCAUUUACGAUCAGUUUAUAUCGCAGCUGCAGACCUCCAUCAAGGUGAACGGGGCAGAGGGCUCGGGGCUGCGAGCGGCUUCAAGCCCUUGGUUCCUUCACAUCCCAGUUGUUCCCAGGCGUCCCAGCGGGAUCCCGGAAGAGGACGUUCGCAGCGCUAUGGUGCCGUACCUCCUUAAGCACAGGUCCUACUUGCGGAAAAUCCUAAAGGAGAAGGAGGAAGAGAACAGGAAGCUAGCGGAGUCUGUGCUUGCGGGGAGGGACAGGAUUGCAGAGCUGCAGCAGCUGAUACAAGCUCGCAAACGUGCCUGGCAGGCAAUUAGUAAAGAGCAACGAGAACUCAUCAGGACGUUCCAGGAGCCCCAGUGA